AUGGCGAAGCUGGGGCUAGCAGUGGGCACGUCGGCGAAGCUCUGCUUCUUCUCCAACAAGAGCGACGCGGGCUCGGGGAGAGCCACGCGCCUCGGAUGGAUCCUCUUCCCUGCAAAUCAUAGGUGCAGCAUGCUCCCGCUGCUCAACCCGGUGGAGUCCUCGUGGCAGCCGCACGACUUCCUGCCGUGCUCCGCCGCGGCACCCGGCGCGUCGGAGGAGGAGGCCCUGUCCGCCUUCACGGAGGGCGUGGCUGCGCUGCGCAUGGGAGCCGCCGGCGUGCCUGACGAGAUCCUGGUCUGCCUGGUGGGUAACAUGGAAAUGCUGGUGCCCAAGAGCCCGUACCACAGCGUGAUCUACGGCGCGUUCCAGGAGCGCGCGACCUUCGUCUCCCACGUGCAUACGGCGAGGCUCGCCGGGCAGCACGGCGACCAGGCGCUCGCCAAGAUCUGCGGCGUGAUUGCCGCCGACGAGAAGAGGCACGAGGCGGGCUACACCUGGGUGUGCGCCAAGCUCUUCGAGGUGGACCCCGACGGCAUGGUGCGCGCGCUUGCUCGCGUCAUGCGCGGCAAGGUCACCAUGCCGGGGCUGCUCAUGUCCGACGGCCGCGACGGCGACGCCGAUGGCAGCCUGUUCGAGCGGUUCUCCGCCAUGGCGCAGCGUGCCGGCGUGUACACGGCGAGGGACUACGGCGAUCUGGUGGAGCACUUCGUGCGCAGGUGGCGGGUGGCGGAGCUCGCCGGGCUCUCUGGAGAGGGCCGCCGCGCGCAGGAGUACGUGUGCGGGCUGCCGCCCAAGAUCCGGAGGAUGGAGGAGCUGGCACACCAGAGGGCGGCGGCCUGUAGCGAGCUCAGGCCGGCCCGCUUCAGUUGGAUCUUCGAUAGGCACGUCAUGGUGGGCUGA